AUGUCAAAUCAAAGACCAGUCUCCUGUGGCCUUGAUUUUUGUGCUGCACCAGAUUUGAGUAAUUGUCUCUUUACCGCAAAUUCAACAAAGUAUGAGUUUGUAUGUGUACCACUUGUUCACCCAUUAUUUAAAAGAGAAUUUAUUUGUGGAGAUGCAAAACAACGUUCUGGCCCAUUUACCAGACCAGAUAUAGUUUUAUGUAGCUCUGAUUGGAAUACUUUAAUUAUUGGUAAACUAUCACCAUACAUUAAAGUUGAUUCAGUAAAUCCUAUUAUAAGGAAAAACAGUAUAGAAACAUUACACCAAGAAUUAACUUUGGCAAGUCAUUUGGGUUUGGUAGGAAUCACUUUUAAGUUAUCAAAAGGAAUAGAAGAAAACAUAAAUCUUGCUAGAAUCAUCUGUGAUAAAGUUACAAGCACAUGCAGUUUACAGGCUUGGGUUCAAGUACCUAUGGAAAAUCCAGUUAAACAGGCUUAUUCUUACAGAGAAGAAGAAUGUGGUUCAGUUGAAAAUCCAUGGGAGUGGUGGAAUGCCUUCAGAAUAAUUUGUGACUAUAAUAGAAAAAUUGGUGUUGCAUUAAUUGUAAGCCAUGAUUUGCCUGAUCAAGAAGAGAUUGAUAGGUGGCUAGGAGAACCAGUUAAAUGUUUGAUCUUUCCAACAACAUUAUUUAUUACAAAUAAAAAAGGAUAUCCUGUGUUAAGUAAAGCACAUCAGGCCUUAGUAAAAAAAUUUUCAAUGUUAGAAGUACAAUUUGUACUUACAGGAGCAAAUCGGUAUCAAAGUAUUACUUAUUAUCAUAAUUAUUUGGAGUACUUAUGGAAGGGAUGUCAAAUGAAUGGACCAGUUGAAAGAUAUGCUAAAGGCUAUGAAGAUUAUUUGCAGUGUCCUUUGCAACCACUUAUGGAUAACCUUGAAUCUCAAACAUAUGAAAUAUUUGAAAAGGAUCCUGUUAAAUAUACACAGUAUCAAACUGCAAUUUAUCAAGCAAUUAUUGUAACAGCAGCCAGGACAGGGGACAGAAAUAGAACAAUAGUAAUUAUGGUUGUUGGAGCUGGAAGAGGGCCUUUAGUUCAUGCAUGCUUAAAUGCAGGAGAAAUGGCAGAUCAUCCAAUUAGAGUAUAUGCUGUAGAAAAAAAUCCCAAUGCAGUAUUAACUUUACAAGCACUCAAAGCAGAUAUCUGGGAAGACAAAGUAACAGUUGUGUCUUGUGAUAUGAGACAGUGGGUUGCUCCUGAAAAAGCUGAUAUUUUGGUAUCUGAAUUACUUGGUUCUUUUGGUGACAAUGAACUUUCUCCAGAAUGUUUAGAUGGGGUACAAGAAUUUCUAACAGAUGAUGGUAUCAAUAUACCAUGUUCGUAUACGUCAUAUAUUGCUCCUGUACAGUCAUCUAAAUUGUACAAUGAAGUACGACAUUGUAAGGAUAAAGACAAACAUCCUUUAGCUCAUUUUGAAACAACAUAUGUAGUCCAUCUUCAGAAUAAGUAUGACAUAGCAAAACCACAACCUUUAUUUACAUUUAAACAUCCGAGUAGAGUAUGUACCGUUGAUAAUUCAAGAUAUGCAGCGAAAGUUUUCGAAGUACAACAAAAUUGUGUACUGCAUGGUUUUUCUGGAUAUUUUGAUACAAUUUUAUACAAUAAUGUUACAUUGAGCACAGAACCGAGUACUCAUAGUCCCGGAAUGUUUAGCUGGUUUCCUAUUUUCUUCCCAAUUAAGGAACCAGUGCAGUUAAAAGCUGGGGACCAAUUAAUUGUUCACUUUUGGCGCCAAUGUAGUCCUAAAAAUGUCUGGUAUGAAUGGUGUAUUAGUAACCCUUUUCCAGGACCUAUUCAUAACCCUGGUGGUCGUUCUUAUACUAUAGGUUUAUGAUUUAAUUCCAAUUUCUGUGAUUCGUCUCUUUCUAAAGGAAUUUAAUUUUAUAACAAUAUUUUUGUAAUAUGACAGUAACGAAAAUUUUUUUAAACUUGGUUUCUUAAAACACUCAGCA